AUGCCCCUCUGGCAAAUCUACCACCCACCCGGCGUCUUCGAAGACGAAGCCAGCAAAGCCGCCCUCGCCGCCGACAUAACAAAAAUCUACACUCGCGUCAACCUGCCCGCCUUCUACGUCGUGAUCCACUUCAACACAAUCCAACCCUCCAACGUCUUUGUCGGCGGCGUCUCCAAGUCUGCCUCUGCAGAUAAACCUUUCAUCCGCAUUGUUAUCAAACACAUUGCCAUUCGUCUAGAUAACAAGACUGAAACCUAUCGCACCACGGCUGGUAUGAUUGAUAAUGCGUUGAAGGAGCAUGUGUAUGAGAAAGGGUAUGCUUGUGAGUAUCAUGUUGAGGAGACUGAGAGGAGGUUGUGGAAAUUUGAUGGAUUGAUUCCGCCUGAGCAUAUGAGUGAGGCGCAUAUGAAGUGGGUGGAGGAGAAUAAACCUAGUGUUCAUGAGGGUGCUUAUUGGUCUGCUGAAAAGGGUCAUUACUGA